CAUGCCCAGCUAAGUCUUUCAGUCUAGUGUCUGGCCUCAGUCUCUCUCUGUCUCUUUCUCUUCUUGGCUUUCUAUCGCUCCAGGGGGGCCUCCGUUCCCAGAUUUGAAGCUAAAGGACAUUAAUCCUUGGACUAUCCCCUUCUUUGGUUUUUGAACGCAGCCCAUGUUGCUGUGGUCCACCCCUCCCUCACUGUGAGGGGUACUCUGGGCUGCAUCCCUCGGUCUCACCUUGUUCUCUUUCUUACCUCCACUCCGGCAGCCUUCUUCUGUUCUUACUGUGAAGAGUACACAACAUCCAUCGUCGCCAUGGAUAUGGGUAGUCUCACCACCGUGGUGGCAAAUUCUGCAUACAUCUCAGCACGCGGCAGCUUUGAUGGUUCUGCGAAUCCGGCUGCCAACCGCGACAAGAAGUAUCAUGCCAAGUUGAAGCUGCCACACAUCACAGUGUGCGAAGACCUCCGGGAGACACUAGACCUUCAGUUCCAAAGCAUCUGUGAGGAGCAACCCAUAGGCAAACGCCUCUUUCGAGAGUACUUGGAGACAGCCAACGAAUACAAAGGGCCCUGUCGCCUGUGGAAGGACAUCGAAGAAUAUGACACAGCUGAGGACAAAGACCGACUGAGAAAGGCGUCCAAGAUCAUUGAGCGUUACAUGGAGCCCGCUGCCAAGUACUACUGUCCUUUUCUCCCUGAGAACGACAUCACUAAAGUCAAGGAGAGGCACCAGGAGGCAUGCGAUGAUCUCUUCAAGCAAACCCUCACCAGCACACUAGACUUCCUUAAAGAGGUUCCAUACACAUUCUAUCUGGAGACCAUCUUCUUCAAGCGCUUUCUCCAGUGGAAGUGGCUGGAGAUGCAGCCUAUGGUGGAGGACUGGUUCCUGGACUUCCGUGUGUUGGGUAAGGGAGGGUUCGGUGAGGUGUCAGCCUGCCAGAUGAAGGGCUCUGGUAAGAUGUAUGCCUGCAAGAAGCUAAACAAGAAGAGACUAAAGAAGAGGAAAGGAUUUGAGGGGGCGAUGGUUGAGAAGCGGAUUCUGGCACGUGUCCACAGCAGAUUCAUCGUGUCUCUGGCCUAUGCCUUCCAGACCAAGACCGAAUUAUGCCUAGUCAUGACCAUAAUGAAUGGAGGAGACCUAAGGUAUCACAUAUAUAAUGUGGAUGAGAACAACCCAGGCUUUGACGAGACGAGAGCCGCCUUCUACUCGGCCCAGAUCAUCCAGGGCAUGGAGCACCUGCACCAGAAGAGGAUCAUCUACCGAGACCUGAAGCCUGAGAAUGUCCUGCUCGACAACGAGGGUCACGUGCGUAUUUCUGACCUUGGGUUGGCAGUGGAGCUGAAGGAAGGACAGGAUAAAAUCAAGGGCUAUGCUGGAACACCAGGCUUCAUGGCCCCCGAGCUGCUGAAGAGUGAGGAGUAUAAUUACUCAGUGGACUACUUCACCCUGGGGGUCACACUCUAUGAGUUCAUCGCAGCCAAAGGCCCCUUCAGAUCCAGAGGUGAAAAGGUGGAGAACAAAGAGGUGAAAAAGAGAAUACUGAAUGAUCCAGUCACUUACCCAGAGAAGUUCAGUGAGAAUGCCAAGUCCCUUUGUGAGGGUCUCCUGGCCAAGGCUGUAGACGACCGACUGGGCUUCAAGGAUGGGUCAUGUGACGAGCUGCGGAAACAUCCCUUCUUCUGUGAAAUCAACUGGAGGAAACUGGAUGCAGGCAUCCUUCCGCCUCCAUUCGUGCCGGACUCUAAGACCGUGUAUGCCAAGAGCCUAGACGACGUGGGUGCCUUCUCCACAAUCAAGGGUGUGAAUAUUGACGACUCAGACAAUGAGUUCUUUGAUGAGUUUUCCUCAGGAAACAUUUCCAUUCCGUGGCAGGAGGAGAUGAUCGAGACGGGCAUCUAUGGUGAGCUGACCGUGUGGGGCACUCAGGGGACGGUGCCCGAUGACCUCCGUCGGGAGUCCAUCCAUGAGCUCCCUCCCCCCAAGUCCUCCACCUGCUGUGUGUGUUAAACAGCACUCUGGAUGCAGAACUCUCAUUCCUUUUAUGUCCAUAUGUGUUCCAUCUAAUUGGAGAGAGAGAUUGGUUGCAUCAAUGUGGAACAUGUUGAAAUAUCUUUCAUUCAGAGGUAAUAUUAUUUUCUUCAUAGGUCCCUAAUAGAGGAACAAUGUUUUGCUGACAGGCAAUGAUACUGACUGAAAAUACCAAACUAAAAUUGUAUUUAUGCAACACAGUUAAAAAUGGUUAGGGGGUGUGUGAGAGAUUAUGGGCUCUAGAAAAGAAAGCUGGUAAUAACAGCAGGUGAACUUGGCUACAAGUUCCAUUUGUGAAACAUGCUGGUGGAAUUGGUAAGGCUGUGGCCUCUCAAAAGACUGCCCUGAGCAAAUUAAUUAGUUUGAGGUGUGAUGUCAGGCACACGAUUAUCUGCAUAUUCCCUCUAAAGCCCUCAGGUGUGGUUACCAUGGCAACAUGUCACAAUGGGGGUGGUUCUUGAACAUGUUUGGAUCAGCAGAGGAGAGGUUAUAUGCAGGUUUUAUUAUUUUAUUAAGAUCAACACAUUAAUCAUGAAUAAACCACGGUCCAGAAGAGCCCAAGCAGCA